AUGCAGAUUUUUGUCAAGACUUUGACAGGCAAAACCAUCACUUUGGAGGUUGAAAGUUCUGAUACUAUUGACAAUGUUAAGGCUAAGAUCCAGGAUAAGGAAGGAAUCCCUCCGGAUCAGCAGAGGCUUAUCUUUGCCGGUAAGCAGCUUGAAGACGGUCGCACACUCGCUGAUUACAACAUCCAAAAGGAGUCCACCCUCCAUUUGGUGCUUCGUCUCAGAGGUGGUAUGCAGAUAUUUGUGAAGACCCUCACUGGAAAGACAAUCACUUUGGAGGUUGAGAGCUCAGACACCAUCGAUAACGUGAAGGCUAAGAUUCAGGACAAGGAAGGUAUCCCACCAGACCAACAGAGACUCAUCUUCGCUGGGAAACAGCUUGAGGAUGGUCGCACACUUGCUGACAAUAUCCAGAAGGAGUCUACGCUUCACCUUGUGUUGCGUCUUCGUGGUGGUAUGCAAAUCUUUGUGAAAACUUUGACAGGCAAGACCAUUACCUUGGAGGUUGAGAGCUCAGACACAAUUGAUAAUGUCAAAGCUAAGAUUCAGGAUAAGGAAUGGAUCCCACCAGACCAACAGAGACUCAUCUUUGCUGGUAAACAGCUCGAGGAUGGAAGGACUUUGGCUGAUUACAACAUCCAGAAAGAGUCUACUCUUCACCUUGUAUUGCGUCUUCGUGGUGGUAUGCAAAUCUUUGUGAAAACUUUGACAGGCAAGACAAUUACCUUGGAGGUUGAGAGCUCAGGCACAAUCGAUAACGUCAAGGCUAAGAUACAGGACAAGGAGGGGAUUCCACCAGACCAACAGAGACUCAUCUUCGCUGGGAAACAGCUCGAGGGAGGACCGGGGGGGGGGGGGGGACACUUCCAAAAGGCAGAAGCAUUGGCUUUUUUGGCUGAUUACAACAUCCAGAAGGAAUCGACUCUUCACUUGGUUCUUCGUCUUCGUGGUGGAAGCUUCUGA